GUUUUUAAAUAUAUGCAAACUGUUCAGUCUGUUUUAUAGUUUCUUUCACAGGCGAUGUACAAUUAUGCAAUCUUUAUUUAAUAUAAUAUUGCAAUACUUUAUCUAACAUUAACGGUCGUUAUUUUGUGCAAGUAAAGCGCAUGCAUUCACGAGUAACAGAAAAGGCGCGUCUCAUUUCGCUCCAUGCAUUGUGAAUCAGUUUAUCGUAAACAUGAAUUCAGCGCUGCUAAGUAGUGAUAUGACAUGGGCUUUUCGAAAAUUCGAGUCAAUUGAACCAAAUGCUUCGCGAAAUGAUUCACUGUUUUGCGCUCGAAUCACCGCACGCUGAAGACACCUGGGCAAAACAGCAAAAUGCAGCAUGCUUUUACAAACAAAUAGCAAACGUUUUAAUGAAAGUGCCAUUUCUUUCGAUUUAAUCCCUUCUUAUCUUCAAAUAAUUAAAUACAAAUAUAAACCAUAACUAAACACGAAGAGUCUGUAAAAUUUGUGGUCUUUUUUUUUUUUUUACAUUUUUUUUAUUAGAAGUGCUGGUUUUGAGUGUUUCUUGUUUUUUUUUGUCUAACUUAAUCGGGCCUUACCAGUGCACUAACUACUAAACUAGGGAGCUGACCGUGUUACACCCAGAGAUUUAGUUUGGAUUUAUGUUUGUUUUUGUUAUUUAUGCUUGUCUUAAACUUGAUUGUGUUUCCAAACACAGAAAAACUCUGGUCGAAGCAACUGAGAUCCAUGUGACACGCUAUUAAAAAGAUGGCGUUUAUUAAAGUGGAGACCGAAGACAUGAUGAUUGAAGAAGCAUUCAGAGUCAAACAUGAAGAUACUGAGGCACAAACAGAAGCUCCAAAGUCUUGUCCAGCCAAACUUCGUAUCAUUCUUCAAGACCAUGACAUUCGCAAACUGGACUUGCCUCAGGGAAUCCCUGGGACUGUGAGUGAACUUGAGUCUAUUGUGAGGAAGACAUUUGGCCUUAAUGGGAACUUUACUUUGCAUUAUAAGGAUGCUGAUUUCGGGGAGGAAUAUUUUUCUCUUACCUCAACAAGUGACAUCAAGGACAAAGACACAAUUAAGGUGAUUCACAUUGUUGAACCUCCCACACUUACUCUGACUUUUACUGAUGUGGAGAGUUCCAUUAAAAAUGCAUCAAAGACCUGCAUCCAAACCUCGGUUCACACUUCAGUGACCGACAUCUAUCCUUCUAUCAGCGGUUCCUUUUCUGGAUCGCAGGAUACACUGAUUUUUCCAUCACCUGAACACAAGACUCAGCGUUCACAGCGUUGGCCUACUGAAUUCUCAGUACCUCGCUUUGCCUAUGAUACAGAACUUGUGCUCGCCGCAGGAACUGAAGCUUUCAGGAAGGAUGGAAUUCAACUCAACUUUACACCAAUCCUUCCAGACAUCCUAGAGAAACUGGCUGAAAGCAUCUUUCAGUACGUGGCCUACCCAACAAGCGCGCAGUUGUCUGAUGUUGCCGAGGCGCUGGUUCAGAAAUAUCCCUGCCUUAAAGAACCAGGCUCAUAUAAUGGAUGCUAUGGAUGGCGACAGAGACUAAAAUAUAAAAUGGGCAACUAUAGAGCAAAACUGAGAGGGCUUGGAUGCCCUGAGCUUGAUGUUAACUCUAUCAAAAAGAAGCGAGCACAUGAAAAAGCACCUGCAAAAAAUAUUAAAAAGCCAAGAAAAGCAGAGGUGAACUUUUUACCCCCUCACCCACAAGGAGAAACUGAAGAAAGCUUGGAAAACGAAAGAGUGGAGCUCCUUAACGAAGUAAAGAGGGGUAUGAUGAACUAUCAGAUUAUCAGUGAAAAAAUGGCAAAGACGUUCUCUAUUCGCAGGCAGGAAAUUGUCAGUCAAGCAACACCAAUCAAUGACUUAAAAUACAGAUGGCCUGCACUUUUUGAUGCAGCUCAGAUAAACGAAGAAUUCACAAGGAUCACCACUGUUGACCUGGAGGAAACGUUCAUGGCAAAACUGGACCAGUACUCUCCUAGAAUAAUGUCCUUGGUGUUCUCAAGGGGACGGUCUUCAAAAAUGAGUAUUCAACGUAUUAAGAACAUGCUGCUAGAGGAUUAUUCUAUGGAAAAAAGGAGAGAGGCUGCUAUCCGUUGCUUAGUGGUGUAUCUGAGAGAAAAUGAGGAAGAUCUGUUUAAAGAACAUUCGGAUGAUGAGGAUAUUGCCAAUGAAGUGAUGAAGAUUAUUAUAACUAGAGGUUCCACGAUAUCAGAACCAGCCAGUGCAAGAAUUGUGAUUGAGGGAACAGAAGUCCAGCAAGACCUGGACGUGCCCAGGGCCUGUGCAUUGCUAAUGGGGCUAAUAUAUGCACUCAACCUCAGCUACCCAAAAGAACUGAAAAACACUUUUGAGGCAUUUCAAAAGAUUUUCCUUGAGCUGGAUGAUAUGAAAGCUUGCCCGAAGGUAAUGUCUCUAAAAAACAAACUGCUGUACUAAAACUGUGAUGAAUUAGGUUGCUGUCAGCAAAUUCAAAUGUGAUGUGAAAAAGUUGAGUCGUGCAUACAAUUACAGCAGUUGUGCUCUUGACAGUUGGCAGUUUAUUAGAAACACCUAGAUAAAAAUGUAUGUUUAAAACAACAGCCCAAGCAAGAAUGACGUUAGUUUUAGCAAGGUGGACACAAGUGAACUGUCAAUGAGUGUUGUUGAAAUAUGUUUUGAAAGUAAAACCACAUAUUUACUUAAAAAAUAGCUUGGAACCCCCCCCCCAAUGGUGUGUGCCAUGUGGUGUGUUGUUCGCAACACUGAAUCUAUGGAUUCUCUUUUUCACAUAAAUUGUGAAGCUCUGUAUUCCGUUUAGAGGAUCAGUCCUCCAAAAUCCACAUUCAUAAAUUGAACGUGUUUUAUUUUGUUUUAAGAGAAAUGUCCUGCUAAGACCCUGCAAAUUUGUUUUUUUGUUUGUUUGUUUUGGUGCACAGAUGAUGCUCAUGAUUACCAAAUUAUUUGGACCAAACAAAAGUUGCCACUACUUUUAUAUUAAACGGUUGUUAAUACUGAAAUUGCAAUGUUUUAUUUGUUCCUACUGAAGUGAAAUAAAUGACCAGUACUCGAAAAAUAAAGUAACAAUUUGUGCUAGCUGCAUCAUAAACUCCACUAAGUUCCACU